AUCGAAGUUAAAUCGAAGUUUUUACCGAAGUUGGAGGAUAAUGUAGCCGUAGGCUGAAUAUAGUACAGCUUGUUGUUAUAUUACAGGCGUCCACUUUUUUUCUCCCCCGUAAACGCACCCAUGUUUUUAAUCUCGUGAGACACUAAAGAAAAGAAGACAAGUCACCUCUGUUCGAGCUGGAUCGCCUAACGCUUCCCAGAUUUCCUGUUCCUGUGUGGAAGAAUUACCGGGGAGGAGCUGACGGUUUAAACUUGGGGAACUAAUGGGUGUGGCAAGAAUAACCUCAUGCUGAAAUUAGAGGGCCGCUAACAAGCGAUUGAGGGCCAGUGACGCAAAACACACAUUACACGAAAGCAGCUGUGUGGACUGACGCUCAGGAUUCUGCAGCUUUAACAGUCGUGGGUUUACCUUCCCCUGUCAACAUUCAGCAGAGGGACUGCUGCAGACUCGAACACAUUGGGUGACCAUUCGGUUCACCGAAGAGUUUUUUAGGGUUUUUUUUUUCCUCUCAGAGUCUUGGUGCUAAACGCAACCAUUUUUUCGGGAACGAAACUGGGAUUUUCCCUCAUAUUAUGCACUUCAAUGGAUACAGGUGGCUCAGUGGUUAGCACGCGAGCUGAGGAGCAGUCCUUUCACGUCCGCUACAGGAUGGAGGUGUCCUGCCUGGAGCUGGCACUGGAGGGUGAGCGCCUCUGUAAGGUGGGUGACUACAAAGCAGGCGUCUCCUUUUUUGAAGCUGCCAUCCAAGUGGGCACAGAGGACCUCCAGGUGCUCAGUGCCAUCUACAGCCAGCUUGGAAAUGCCUACUUCCACCUGCACGACUAUGCCAAGGCCUUGGAGUUCCACCGGCAUGAUCUCACCUUGACGAGGACAAUUGGCGACCUGGUCGGAGAGGCCAAAGCCAGCGGUAACCUCGGCAACACAUUGAAGGUGCUUGGUCGGUUCGAUGAGGCUGUGGUUUGCUGUCAGAGGCACUUGGACAUAGCCAGAGACAUGAAUGACAAGGUGGGGCAAGCGAGGGCACUCUAUAAUUUUGGGAAUGUGUACCAUGCCAAAGGCAAAAGUAUCUGCUGGAGCGGAGCUGAGCCCGGAGAUUUCCCUGAAGAUGUCAUGAUGGCCCUGAGGAAGGCAGCAGAGUACUAUGAGGCAAAUUUGGCGAUAGUGAAGGAGCUUGGAGAUCGAGCUGCUCAGGGUCGAACUUAUGGCAACCUUGGCAACACACACUACCUGCUGGGAAACUUUCGCAAAGCCGUAGCUUCUCAUGAACAGCGUUUGCUCAUUGCUAAGGAGUUUGGGGAUCGAUCAGCAGAGAGGCGGGCUUACUGCAACUUGGGGAAUGCGUAUAUCUUUUUGGGGGAAUUUGAAGUGGCAGCUGAACAUUACAAGAAGACACUGCAGCUGGCGAGGCAGUUAAAGGACCGAGCCGUGGAAGCUCAGGCCUGCUACAGUCUCGGCAACACCUACACACUUCUGCAGGACUAUGAGAGAGCCAUAGACUAUCACCUCAAACAUCUCAUCAUAGCUCAAGACCUCAAUGACAGGAUUGGUGAGGGCCGUGCGUGCUGGAGUCUUGGAAAUGCCUACACUGCACUGGGAAACCAUGACCAAGCCAUGCACUUUGCUGAGAAACACCUGGAGAUCUGCAGAGAGACUGGAGACAGGAGCGGGGAGCUGACAGCUCGUAUGAAUGUAUCUGAUCUCCAGACACUUUUGGGUUUGAGCUACAGCACAAAUACCUCCACUGUUUCCGAAAAUAAGGAUAUCGACUACAGCCUGCACGGAGCCAGGCCGAGGAUGAGCAAACGACACAGCAUGGAGAACCUGGAGCUGGUGAAACUCACUCCAGACAAAGUAAAUGGUCAAAAGUGGAACAGCGACAUCUUGACCAAACAGUCCAAACCCUCCCUUGCUAAGAGUUCCUCCAAGCUCUUCUUUGUUGGCCGUCUGCGAGGGAAGAAGUACAAGUCUGGUGGCUCCAGUAAGGUCCUCCAGGACACCAGCAAUACCCUGGAUACCAGUCAGCCACCUGCACAGGGACCACAAAAACGACUCAGCCCCGACAUGCUCGGAGAUGAUGGUUUCUUUGACCUGCUGAGCCGAUUCCAGAGCAACCGCAUGGAUGACCAGCGAUGUUCGAUACAGGACCGAGGCAGCAGGUUAUCGCUAAACAGCGGCCCAGAGUCGCCUCCCAGGACCAUCAGGAAAUCCAUGUCAGAGUCUGCCAAUGUGUCAGGCGCUCAGGGCAGGCGCUUAGAGGAGUCAUCAGCAGCAGGGGGGAGCCUGCCAGGACUCAGGCUCAACCAAAACAGCAACCAGGCCGUGCUCAGCCACCUGAUGGCCAACGCUGACAGCGCUGAGCCUGAUGAUGACUUCUUUGAUAUGCUUGUCAAGUGCCAGGGCUCCCGUUUGGAUGACCAGCGGUGUGCUCCUCCCCCUCCUCCAGUCCGAGGGCCCACCGUACCAGAUGAGGACUUCUUCAGCCUCAUCAUGCGGUCGCAGGCCAAACGAAUGGACGAACAACGUGUCACCCUGCCUUCUGCUGCAAACGCUGCAUCUAGGCCAAGCUCCAGCUAAACAAAGCACUAAAGGGACUGUGAGGUCUUUUGUUUAAUGAAGGUGUGGACAAUAUCGUGAUGGACCAGUGAUCACUUCCUUGUCCUUUAGGACAACACAUAGCAUUAUCAGCACUGUAUGCAGUUGACAGUAUGGGGGCUGGGGGAACUCAGAUUAACAAGGACUUUUCGCACAGCUUGUACAAAGAUGAACUCAGAGUAGCAUCAGGGACAAAAGGGGUUUUUUUUAAUAAUUGUUUUUAAUAAUUCUGUACUGCUGCAUACUCUCACUUCACCCUGUGUAUUUUUAAAUACACCACUGCAGGUAUGUUUGUAUUUAUUGUUCUUGUCCCAUGAACUGCCGUCCCACUGCUAUGAGGUAGUAGAGGUAUACUCAUAGUGGUGUUUUAAAUCACUCUUUUCAUGUAUUACAGCCCUUUACAGAUAUGGCAUACAUGGCAUCAGUGGCUUCAUCAGUUCUCCGACAGGUCACUUGGCCUCAGCUCGCAGCAGUUAUGGAGAGAGCGCACAGUGUUUGCCGCAGGUGUCUGUUACACUUGUGGCAAUUAGUCUUUUGUCAAGAACUGCCCCUUUAACACAGGCACUUAGAAAGUCCUUUUCAGAAUUGUGAGUGUGCGUGUCUUGUGCGUGCCUGUUUGAUGUGAUUUCAUGGAGUUUCUGAGUUGUGCCAUGUUGAAAGUAAAAUGUAAAUGUUUGAAGGUGUGAUCUGUUCUGAUUUCUGUGGAAACUUUUCAUGAAAAAGUGACCAUGGUGCUUUAUGAAUCUCAUUGAAAAGAGUGUGUGUCUGAAAAGGGUUUUUGUUUGAGUUAAUUUCCUGAAGUCACACAGGAGGCACUUACAAAAGCUACUAUGAGCAAACUGAUAAAGUAUGCAUUUAACCCAUGUACAGUCUGUUUCUCUUACCCUUUUGUACUAAAUAUUCUGAGUGAGAUCAGAGGAAUAAAACAUGUCUGUUCAUGUA